AUGCCUACCGUGCAUCUCCUAGACUAUGUGGCAGGGAACGUUAGAUCUCUGGUAAAUGCAAUCAACAAAGUUGGAUACGAAGUGGAAUGGAUUAGGUCACCAGAAGAAGUUUCUAAUGCCGAAACGUUGAUAUUGCCAGGGGUGGGGCAUUUUGGACAUUGCCUCUCUCAACUUUCAUCUAGUGGUUUUCUGGAACCCAUACGAGAGCACAUUCGAUCAGGGAAGCCUUUCAUGGGCAUAUGCGUUGGACUUCAGGCACUCUUUAGCGGAUCCGAGGAAGAUCCUAGUGUUCCAGGGCUAGGCUUAAUCCCAUUAAGCUUACGCAAAUUUGACGACAAAGAUAAAAGUGUGCCGCAUAUUGGCUGGAAUUCAGCCAAGACCAGGAUCAACGAAAACUCCGCUGACACCAGCUUUCACGGACUGAAUCCAGGGAGCAAGUACUAUUAUGUCCAUUCAUUUGCCGUGCCAUAUGAGGCUGGUGUUUUGGAGGAGCAAGGCUGGUCAGUGGCGACAGCUCAUUACGGAGGAGAGGAAUUUGUUGGCGCAAUUGCACGUGGAAAUGUUUUUGCAACCCAGUUUCACCCUGAAAAGAGUGGGCAGGCUGGCUUGCGCACCAUUCAUGCCUUCUUGACGGGACAGCGGACUGAGAAUAAGGAUAUUCCGACAUCGACGGCUGUGACAAAAGAUGGAUUGACUCGAAGAGUCAUUGCAUGUCUCGACGUACGAACCAAUGAUGAAGGGGAUCUUGUAGUCACCAAAGGCGACCAAUACGAUGUGCGAGAAAACGAUGGUGCUUCUAGCGGCGGGAAAGUCAGAAACCUGGGUAAACCAGUUGAUAUGGCCAAAAAGUACUACGAGCAAGGAGCUGAUGAGGUGACAUUCCUGAACAUAACAUCUUUCCGCAACUGCCCAUUGAGGGACCUACCCAUGCUGGAGAUUCUAAGGCGCACAUCGGAGACGGUUUUUGUUCCACUUACGAUUGGAGGAGGAAUUCGUGACACGAUUGAUACUGAUGGAACCCAAGUAUCGGCCUCGCAAAUCGCGAAGAUGUACUUUCAAUCUGGUGCGGACAAAAUUAGCAUCGGCUCAGAUGCCGUCAUUGCUGCAGAAGAGUACUAUCAGCGAGGAAAGACCUUAUCCGGAAAAACAGCAAUCGAACAAAUUUCGAGGGCAUAUGGCAACCAAGCCGUUGUCGUCAGUGUUGACCCCAAGCGCAUCUACGUUAGUGGCCCACAAGAAACAAGCCACCACACUAUCAAGACUGCAUUCCCAGACUCCAAGGGUCAAGACACCUGUUGGUACCAGUGCACAAUUAAGGGUGGCAGAGAAUUGCGUGAUCUCGAUGUCCGACAGCUCGUGCAGGCUGUGGAGGCAAUGGGGGCAGGCGAAAUUCUCUUGAAUUGUAUCGACAAAGAUGGAAGCAACAGCGGUUUCGACCUAGAGCUGAUCCAAGACGUAAAGUCUGCCAUCAAAAUUCCAGUUAUUGCUUCCAGUGGAGCUGGGAACCCUUCCCAUUUUGCGGAUGUCUUUGCAGGAACAACAACAGACGCAGCAUUGGGGGCUGGCAUGUUUCAUCGAGGCGAAUUCACUGUGGCUGAUGUAAAAGAUUAUCUGGUGGAAAACGAUUUUCUUGUCCGCAAACCUGAAACAGGCGACGUUUUCGUCUAG